AUGUCUCUUUCCAAGCACAUCGACCCGGACGAGCUGGUCCAGCAGGCCGCCGACCAUCCCUUCGUUGGCCUCGUCAAGCGUCCCGGCGGCCACAAUGACCGCAAGUUCUAUUCGGGCGUCCAUGCCGGACGCUACACGACUGAGCCCAUCCCCAAGUACACGCUGCCCCAGCGAGGAACAUCCGCCGAGGCCACCUACGAGCUACUCAGCUCGGAGCUGAGCCUCGACGGGAAGCCCACGCUCAAUCUGGCGUCGUUUGUGCAUACCUGGAUGCCCCCACUCGCUACCAAGCUCGUCCAAGACACUCUCAACGUAAAUUUGUGCGACCAAGACGAAUAUCCUGCGACCCAAGCUAUACAUACGCGCUGUGUAAGCAUGUUGGCGGACCUGUGGAAGAUGCCUAAAGAGUACGACGAGAACGGCAAGCGCAAGUCGGCGAUGGGCGUUGCGACGACGGGAUCUUCGGAGGCGAUCAUGCUCGGAUGCCUUGCGGCCAAGAAGCGCUGGCAGCACCGCAUGAAGGCGGCCGGCAAGAGCUUCAAGGAGCCUGGCCCGAACAUGGUGUUUGGAUCCAACGCGCAGGUUGCGAUUGAGAAGUUUGCGCGCUACUUUGACGUCGAGGAGAGGCUGGUUCCCAUCAGCGAAAAGUCGCGCUACUGCCUCGACAUCCACAAGGCCAUGGACAUGGUCGACGAGAACACCAUCUGCGUCGUCGUGAUCCUUGGCUCGACCUACACGGGCCACUACGAGGACGUCGAGGGCAUGUCGAAGCUGCUCGACGAGUACGAGAAGAAGACAGGCAUCGACAUCCCCAUCCACGUCGACGGCGCGUCGGGCGCCAUGGUGGCCCCCUUUGCCACGCCCAACCUCAAGUGGAGCUUUGAGCUGCCGCGCGUCAAGAGCAUCAACACGAGCGGCCACAAGUUCGGCAUGGUCUACCCCGGCCUUGGAUGGAUCCUCUUCCGUUCCGAGGAAAUGGUGCCCAAGGAGCUCAUCUUUGAGCUGCACUACCUCGGCUCUGUCGAGUACAGCUUCGGUCUCAACUUCUCGAGGCCCGCCCAUCCCGUCAUCGGCCAGCUGUUCAACUUCAUCAACCUGGGCUUCGAGGGCUACCGACGCGUGAUGCAGGGCGACCUGCAGAAUGCGCGCCUGCUGGCGCGAGCGCUCGACAUGUCGGGCAUGUACGAGGUGCUGAGCGACAUCCACCACCCCAUCGAGGGGGGCGACCCGGACGAGUCCAAGGCGGAGCACUACACGCCCGGCCUGCCCGUCGUGUCAUUCCGCUGGAGCAAGGCGUACCGCGAGCGCAACCCCAACCUCGAGCAGAGGUGGGUGCAGACGCUGCUGCGCGCCAAGGGCUGGAUCGUGCCCAACUACGGCCUGUCGCCCGACCUGGAGCAGAUCGACAUCCUGCGCGUCGUGGUGCGCGAGAACCUCAGCGAGACCAUGGUCGAGCAGCUCCUCGUCGACAUCCUCUCAAUCACCGAGGGCCUCGAGCAGGACCACAGCCUCGCCAAGCUCGCCAGCCACGGCGCCGCGUCGAGCGGCAACCACACGUCCAAGGCCGACCUCGACAAGCUUGACCCCACCGAGCACCACCCGCAGGAAAAGGGAAAGAGCGCCGGCCACCACAACGUCGCACACGACAAGCACCACGGCUCCCUCGCCAAGGGAAGCGGCGUAAAGGCCCGCGGAUACGCCAAGCAGUGCUGA